AUGGCGCCUCUCGAGUACUCUAUUCCACAAGGAAGUUUGGUGUUAGUCACCGGAGCCAAUGGAUAUAUUGGGUCACACGUAGUCGAUCAACUACUUGAGUUGGGAUACAAUGUCCGAGGCACUGUCAGAGACAAAAAGCCAUGGCUAGAUGAGUUCUUUGAAAAGAAAUAUGGCAAAGGCCGGUUCGAGAGUGUUGCUGUUAAAGCAAUAGAAGAAGUUGGAGCCUUUUCAACUGCUGCAGAGGGAGCCAGUGGAGUUGUUCACGUGGCUUCGGAUGUCUCUUUUGAAACUGAUCCCAAUAAAGUAAUUUCGAUCGCAGUGCAGGGCACGCUUAACGCUCUCGAGGCAGCUUCCAAACAAACUUCAGUAAAACGUUUUGUGAUUACAUCGUCUUCUGCUGCUGUAAUUAAUCCCGAGCCAAAUAGAAAAGGUGUCAAAAUUGAUGAGAAUACGUGGAACGAUAGUGCGGUCAAGCUUGCAUGGAGCGACCAUGUGAUGGAAGGUUUGCCUAAAGGUUUUGAAGGCGCUAUUAUAUACUCGGCCUCGAAGACCGAAGCAGAACGGGCCGCAUGGAAGUGGGUUGAAGAGAACAAACCUAAUUUUGUUCUCAACACAGUACAACCUAACUUCAAUUUCGGGCAAGUUUUGAUACCAGAACAUCAAUCCGGUUCAACAAUGGGCUUUGUUCGCAAUUUCUUCAAAGGCGACUUCACCAUUCUCACGUUCCCCCCUCAACAUUAUAUUGACGUAAAGGACUGCGCUCGUCUGCAUGUGGCCGGCUUGCUUGAUCCAAGUGUCGAAAACCAACGCAUCUUCGGCCUUGUCCACGAAUUUAAUUGGACAGACGUUUUAGCAAUCUUGCGUAAAAUACGCCCUGAAUUGGAGCUGCCUAAGGCCCCCGAAAAUGAGCCUCGGGACUAUACAGAGGUUAUACCAAAAGAUAAAUCCGAGAAGCUUCUGAAGGACUUUUUCGGCCAGCCAGGCUGGACAUCUCUAGAAGACAGUCUGAAAGCCGGUCUUGCGGACCUUUGA